AUGCCGUCACCCUUUGUGUCCUCCUUGCCAACUGGCAUCUUCAGCCAUGUCAAUUUCCCCAUGGCGGAGGCAGGUGGUGUGGAGGCCAAGCGUGCACUGGCUGGAGCUCGUCACAAGGCACUCAAUUUUGAUGACCUGCCCACGGCCUACGAGCAGGCCCUGACCCUGCCCCCUUUGGUGUCAAAACAGAGGCCGCUGUAUAUGAGGCAGCAGCCCACUGUGGACCGGAAGCUUCUCCAGUACUGUCUGGACAACAUGGGGGCGAGGCAAUUCCGGUGCUUCCAGCUAACCAUGCAAGCCACCGCCUCACGCAAGCAGGCUGCCUUUGUGGAGGAUGACGACCUGGAUGCAGGCUUCGACUUCCUUGCAAAGCAUGGUCCGCAGAAGCCCUUUGGGAAGGAGUGUCUUGAUGGCUCAGUGCAGGCGGAACAACCUGAGUUGGACUUCUUGUGCGGGGAGCUGGGCUUGUCACCAUUGGCGACUUUCUGGAUCACCCGCAGACGCUCUGGCGCAGAUGUGGAUGCUAUCUUGAAGCGGGCAUGCUUCAUCCUCAACACCAAGAAGUUUGUGUACUACCGCCCUUCUGGAGUUAACGAGGAUAAGGUGGCACGCCGCUUUGUGGAAGGCCCGGACUUUCUCACACAGACAGGGAAGAUGCUGUAUGGCAAGUACAAGGAUAGCUGCAAGACGUUGCCGGAGAAUUUCGAGGAGGAGGUGCGCAAAGAGAAAGCGUGGCUUGAGCUUGUCUUCAAGCAGAAGCAAGAGAAGCAGGACCCCAAGUACAAGCAGAACCGGCAGCUGAGGCAGCUCUUCCGUGGGUCUGAGGAAAGCAAGUCUUGCCUUGAGAAGAUGGAGACGAAGGUCAAAGUCAAGAGAGAGAUCCAGGAAGCCCGGACGAACGAGGCCUUGAAGAAGGCCAAGGUGUGGAGCACAGAGCUCACGGCCAGCAGGACUUUCAUUGUGUUGGAUGAUGAGGAUGACACGCAAGCCGACAUGGAGCAGGACAACUUCGCAGGCAGCUGGACGGAACGCUUCAAGUGGAAGAGGUCUUUGACUCAGCUGCUUACGGCCAGCAUGCCAAAGCACCGGUGCUCCCAGUGGAAAUGCUUGGUCUACAUCAACCCGCAGCACCUGCAACCUCUCUUCGUGGAUGGCCGUGGCGCUGCUGCACAGCCCUUGCAGACACAGGCAGCCCUCCUCAUGUUGAAGCUCAACAACAACCCUGUGGCCCAGCGUCUUCUUCAUGUCAACCACACGAUGAUCAAGGACCUUGACAAGAGGCUGUGUCAUGCUCGCAAGACAUGGGUGGAGGCAAAGGAAAAGGACAUUGUCUUUGGCAAGAACCAGAAGUGGGCGGAUGUCAAGGCGGACAAGACGACCUUCGACCGCAUGGACCUCGGGAACACAGCCCCCGACCCCAAUAACCCGGUCGUCUGGGAGCAAUGGUGUGGCAUAGUCCAACGUGGCCACCCGGAGACACUCGUGUUGCACAGGCUGUCCCCCAAGGAGUCCGCCAAGAGAGCUCCCGGACGCGGAGCCAUCAGAAAGGUGGAGCGGUCUCCUUUGGCAAAGAAGCGGUUGCAGGAUAAGAAGGUUAUCCUGCGCACGGACUCGGCCAAGAGCUACAAGACCAAGGUGCCUGGGGUGCUCCACGACAAGGUGGUCCAUGCGAAGAAGCGGGUCAAAGUCAAGGGUCAGUGGAAGUGGAAGGCCCCCACCUAUGUGAAGCUUGUAAAGCAUAAGAACCCGAUUACGAAGAAAAUGAUGACCGUCAAGUCGGGGACGCGGGUGGUUGACUUCAUCAAGAGCCUUCAAAAGAGCUGCAUCAGGAGAUUUGACGACGUCGGCUCGGAGGCCAGCCUUUGGUACGCCUGCAGCGCGAAGAGGAGUGCCAUGGCUGCCACCGUCUUCUCUCCACCUAUCGGCAGCGAGGUUCAGGUUUCCUGA